CUUCGCUAUGUUGACGUCAAGCUUUCACGUGACCUACCAUCAUGGAAGACUAAACAUUUCGCUGCUUUAGUAAAGAUUCGAGAUUUCCAAUUUAUUGAAGCGAUCGCUCACGUAAAUCCUAGUAUCAACAUUGCUAAUUUUAUUUAAUAUAUCACUGAAAGGGAUUUUUAAUUUGAAGAAUCGGGUAAGCUAUUCAUUUGUCGAUUUAAACUCCUAUUCAAAAUGGCGUUUUUAUACAUAGUAUUUCUGCUUUAUCUUAUCGUGAUCGGGGUAUUAGUCACGAUUUAAAUUAGUUCUAAGGUAACAAUAACUUGCAAACCAUUAAAAAGACAUCUGAUUUGAUUAAAACCUACUUCAGGUGACGAGAUCUUAUUAAAAGUUGAAGAAUAUUUAAAAAAAAGGAAAAGAACUGUUUAUUUUAACUAGGAGAAGUUAGUGUGUCUAAAAUGACUUCUGGUUCACCCUUAUCUCAACUUGAAUUUACAGUCCUCUCAGCAAAGAUAAAUCAGCAAGGUUUUUUAAAAGCGGAUCCCUACAUAGAAGUUAGUGUUGAUGGCCAAGCUCCUCGUAAAACGGAGGUAGCCAAGAAAACUUGGAAUCCUGAAUAUAAAGAAGGAUUCACCCUUUUAGUUUCACCAACGUCUAAGAUCGAAGUUAGAUUAUUCAACCAUUAUCAAUUAAAAUCGGAUACUUUACUAGGACAAGCAACAGUUGAUCUACAUAAUCUUUUAGUGAAACAUAAUGGCUGCUUUAAUGAAGUGAAAAUUAAAGUUGAUCUUAAAAGUUCAACAAAACAGUCCUCAAAAGUUGGAAGUGCACAAAUUGUAUUAAAUGGUAUGAGAGUACCCAUGAAUAAUUAUCAAGGACCUCCCCCUACAAACGGAUUAUCUGAUGGAGGAAGUAUCACAUCGUCUCCUUCUAAUGCCUCUUUAACUGUUAAUGGCGCAGUUGGUGGUUCGGCUUCGGAAUCCAGUUCUAAUGAUCAUGGAUCUGGUCGACCUAAACCGGAACACAGAAGACAAGCAAGAAGUCAGAAUAGGUCCAACUUACCACCACCUCCACCAAUAAAUGCCAGCAAUAGCGCAAAUUCACCUCGUCCUUCAGAAAAUAAUUCAAGUCCUGGUGUUCCGCCACCUGCUUCCACACCAGGUCCUUCCGGUCCAGCACCAGCUCCCCCACCGCCAGGCACUCCUGCACCCCCAUCAAAUGAACAAUUGCCGCCAGGAUGGGAGAUGAGAGUCGACCCCCAAAAUCGAACUUACUAUGUUGAUCAUAAUACUAGGACUACAACAUGGGAACGUCCAACACCAUUACCACCUGGAUGGGAAAGACGUGUUGAUCCUCGAGGCCGAGUUUACUACGUCGAUCAUAACACCCGAACCACAACUUGGCAAAAACCAAACGCAGAUAUGAUGCAUAACCUUCAGAAUUUUCAACAAUGGCGUACAAACAGGUCCCAGCAAUUAGAGCAAAUGGUGAAUAGAUUCUUGUAUCCGAAUCAACAAGCUGCUACUGAAAACGAUCCCCUAGGACCAUUGCCAGACGGAUGGGAAAAGAGAGUUGAUCAAAAUGGAAGAGUCUAUUUUGUAAACCAUCAAAAUCGAACAACGCAAUGGGAUGAUCCAAGAACGCAAGGAAAUACAAUUCAAGAGGACCCCCUACCUGAAGGUUGGGAAAUGAGAUAUACUUCAGACGGCGUUCGAUACUUUGUUGAUCAUAAUACAAGAUCAACAACAUUCCAAGACCCGAGAGGAGGCUCAGCUAAGGGACCAAAGGGUCAAUUUGGAGUUCCUAUACAAUAUGAAAGAAGUUUUAGAUGGAAACUUGGACAAUUUAGGUAUCUAUGCCAGUCAAACGCCUUGCCUGGUCAUGUGAAAAUUACUGUUACAAGAGAAAAUUUAUUUGAAGAUUCAUAUCAGCAGAUUAUGCGAUUGCAACCUUUUGAUCUUAGACGCCGAUUGUACAUUAUAUUUAGAGGAGAAGAGGGCUUAGAUUAUGGCGGUUUGGCCAGAGAAUGGUUUUUUCACGUUAGCCACGAAGUUUUAAAUCCAAUGUAUUGCUUAUUCGAAUAUGCUAAUAACAACAAUUAUUGCCUUCAAAUUAAUCCGGCUAGUUCGGUUAAUCCGGAUCAUUUAACAUAUUUCCGAUUUAUUGGGCGUUUUAUCGCAAUGGCUCUGUAUCACGGAAAGUUUAUAGACUCAGGUUUCACUAUGCCUUUCUAUAAGAGAAUGCUCAGUAAGAAACUAGUUAUAAAAGACCUGGAAACAAUUGAUCCGGAAUUUUAUAAUUCACUGGUUUGGUUUAAAGAAAAUAAUAUAGAAGAUUGUGGACUAGACUUGAAUUUCUGUUGCGAUUUCGAAAAAUUGGGGAAAAUCGAGCAAGUCGAAUUGAAAGAGGGAGGUGCCAACAUAUCUGUCACCGAAGAGAAUAAAGAAGAAUAUAUCACACUUAUGACUGAAUGGAGAUUUAAAAGGGGAGUUGAAGAACAAACCAAAUCAUUUCUCGACGGAUUUAAUGAGGUUGUACCCCUGCAAUGGCUGCAGUAUUUUGAUGAACGUGAACUAGAGUUGAUGCUCUGCGGUAUGCAAGAAAUUGAUAUAGAUGAUUGGGAAAAGAAUAGUAUUUAUAGGCAUUACACCAAGACAAGCAAACAAGUUGUUUGGUUUUGGAAAUUUGUUCGAGAAUUGGAUAAUGAAAAAAGGACACGACUACUACAGUUUGUCACAGGAACAUGCAGAUUACCUGUAGGUGGAUUCGCCGAAUUAAUGGGAAGUAAUGGCCCGCAAAGAUUCUGUAUAGAAAAAGUGGGAAAAGAAACAUGGCUUCCCCGAUCCCAUACCUGUUUUAAUAGACUAGACCUUCCCCCUUAUAAAAGUUAUGAGCAAUUAGUAGAGAAAUUAAACUUCGCCAUUGAGGAGACAGAAGGCUUUGGACAGGAAUAA